AGUUAUUUGCUAUAUAUAUCAGAGAGCAAAACAUACAUACGAAAAAUGGCUGGCGUAAGCGACUGGUUUAGCAUUGGAAGUACAGUGGCAUGUAAAACUUGUUAUAAAAAAGAUAUUGAAGGUGAAGUUCUGGCAUUCGAUCCACAAACUAAAAUGCUAAUACUGAAAUGCCCAUCAUCUUCUGGGAGACCAUCUGUGCAUGAUGUAAAUAUAGUUAAUUUAUCAUUGGUAUCAGAUGUGCAAGUCAAAAGAGAAGUUAGUCCGACAACAACAGAGCCACCACAAAGUCUUAAUUUACAGAGGCUAAACACACGUGUACGUAAUCAAGUUGAAGAAAAAAAACGGAUGGUAAAAGCUCUGCAGGCCGGAGUUUCACCAGAGGGACAGAAACUUUUUAUAGCUAUUGCUAAAACAAUACAGGAAAUUACGUGGUCUGGUCAAGAUAUUGUUGUAUGGAAUAAUGUUACCAUUAGACCACCUUACAAGGUUGAUAAUGUCCAUGGUAAUACCGAGUCUAAAUCUUAUUUACAUGUUAGAAAAGUUGUAGAGAAGCAUAUGAAAGAUACAGCAGCUGCCGAAAUUCAACAACAAUCACAGCAACAACCAAUACAAAAAAAUAAUAGUAAUACUACGCUGCAGCAGUAGUUUAAAUUAUCACACAUACACACAAACAAUAAUAGAACUUGAUUGGUUGAAUUUUAUGUAAAAAAUAACAAAUUAAAAAAAUUAAUAACAAAAAUAAAAACGAAAUUAUAAAUUGAAUUUAAAAAAUCGUGUGUAUGUGUUUUCGUAACACGCACACCAAAUAAACGUGAAUUUUUUUUUUUUUUUUUAAUGUUAAGGUCAGUAACAUCGGCAAGAUCUUAUGUUAAUUUAAAAAUUGAUAUAUAAUUGCAAUGUAAUUAAAUAUAUAAUUAUAGCUACGUUAUUUGUAUACAAAAUCAACGAUUAAUGUUUUUAUUUUCAUUUUUUUUUUUAAGUGAAUGCGCGAAAAGUUGAAAAAUUGAUUACCAAACAUCAUUUAAAAAAAUAAAUAAAUAGAUAGUGUUUUAAAAAAAUAAUUCUUUUCGUUUCGUUAAUAUAUAUAUAUUUUUUUUUUUUUUUUUUUAUAGGAAUGUAGGCUACUCAAUUGUUUGUUUUUAUUUUUAUUUAUAAAAAUAGCUGCCGCCAAGGUAUUUGGUUUUGAGCCUAAAUGAACAAAUAAUUGAAACAAGAAUCUUUGUAUAUGUAUAAACAAAAUAAAAAUAAACCGCGUGUAAAAAGUA